AUGGCUUCAAAGUAUACGGUUUAUUUUUCUGGAGCAGUAAUUGAAACAACAGUCACCGACAAGGCCGCCACUGUCGAUAACUGGGUACUAGAAAUCCGAUCAAUGUACUAUGGUCAACAAAUAAUUGUCGGGCUCGACUGUGAAUGGAGGCCUAACUUGAUCCCAUCAGUGAGCAACAAAACUGCCACACUUCAGCUGUGUGUUAAUGAAAAAUGCUUAAUCCUUCAACUCUUCUACAUGGAUUAUAUUCCCCAGUCCAUAAAGAACUUUCUGAGUGAUCCCAACAAUACUUUUGUGGGAGUCGAGGUGGGAGAUGAUGUUUUGAAGCUUAAUAAUGAGUAUGGGUUGACCUGCACUACAACUGCUGACAUUCAAGCAUUGGCUAUGGAAAUUUGGCCGGUCCGAUUCUAUAAGAAGCCUGGACUGAAAAAGCUUGCUGAUGUUGUUGUAGAACUUCCUAUGGCGAAGCCUAUUCAUGUUUGUAGAAGUGAUUGGGAAGCUAGAGUUCUUAGCAUUCAGCAGAUUGAGUAUGCUUGUAUUGAUGCAUAUGCUUCUUAUAGAAUUGGCCACAAACUUCUCAAGGAAACCUAG